CUCUCUCUCACAUGCAACCGUUGCGAAAUGGGCCCUGGUUCUUGAUGAGGCGCACGUAAAACUAAAAUCAGAGGAUUACAAGAUGCACUGCUUGUUAAGGCCCACCUACCCGAUCAAACCCAAAUCAAUCCCAUAUUUCCCGGCUAAAUCCAUACACAUUCCACGCCUAAACCCCACUUCUCUCUCUUCUUAUCUGCAAGAUCACAUCAAUUCAAAUUCCCCUUCAAACGGGCAAAAGAUCCACUCUCACAUCCUAAAAAUCGGAUUCAAACCCAACACCAACAUCUCCAUCAAACUCCUUAUUCUACAUCUUAAAUCAGGUUGCCUAUCCUAUGCACGCCGCGUGUUCGAUGAGAUGCCCAAACCAACCACAUCUGCUUAUAACUAUAUGUUAGCUGGCUACUCCAAGCACGGCCAAGAGCAAGAAUCCCUUGAUCUAAUCCGAAAAAUGGCUGCUUCGACAGAAAAACCAGAUGGGUUCUCGUUUUCGAUGAUGCUAAAGCUCUCUGCGUCGUUACUCUUGCUGGAUCUUGGGAAAUCAGUUCAUACCCAAAUAACGAAACUGGAUUUCGAGUCGGAUGAUGUUCUCUUCACUGCUCUUGUCGAUUCUUAUGCGAAGAAUGGGAAGAUUGAUUAUGCAAGAAGGGUGUAUGAUAAAAUGUCUGAGAGAAACGUGAUCUGUUCUACUGCAAUGAUUUCCGGAUACAUGAAACAUGGAUCUGUUACAAUUGCUGAAGAGAUUUUUGAGAAAACGAUCGAGAAAGAUACAGUGGUCUUUAAUGCAAUGAUAGAAGGUUAUAGCAAAACGAUCGAAACUGCCAAUAGAGCUCUAGAAGUCUAUAUAGAUAUGCAGCGGUUAGAUUUUCGGCCAACAAUCUCAACCUUCUCAAGCAUCAUUGGUGCUUGCUCUAUCUUGUCAGCAUUUGAAAUCGGUCAACAAGUUCACAGUCAACUCAUGAAGACUGAUAGUUUCAGCGAUGUGAAGCUGGGAAGUGCGCUUGUAGACAUGUAUUCAAAAUGUGGGAGAAUUGUGGAUGCGCGGAGGAUCUUCAACCACAUGCCAGAAAGGAAUGUUGUCUCGUGGACUUCCAUGAUUGACGGGUACGGCAAGAAUGGGAGUCCAAGUGACGCACUCCAACUCUUUGACAAGAUGCGUAGGGAGAACAAAACCAAACCCAAUUAUGUUACUUUCCUUAGCGCUCUAUCGGCUUGCGGACACUCUGGAUUGAUAUCGACCGGAUGGGAGAUUUUCAAUAGCAUGGAGAGGGACUACUCACUCAAACCGAGGAUGGAGCACUAUGCUUGCAUGGUUGAUCUUCUGGGACGUGCGGGGAGCUUGCAUCAAGCACUGGAUUUCAUUACGAAAAUGCCAGAGAGGCCGGACUCUGACGUAUGGGGGGCAUUGCUCAGCGCUUGUAGGUUGCAUGGGGAUGUGGAGAUGGCAGGAUUGGCAGCGAAUGAGCUUUUUAAGCUGAGUAGAGAUGGGAGGCCAGGGGCUUAUGUUGCUCUGUCUAAUACAUUUGCAGCUGCUGGGAGAUGGGAAGGUGUUAGUCAAGUGAGGGGAUUAAUGAAGGAGAGGGGAGUUUCUAAAGAUGCUGGGUGCAGCUGGGUUGGGACUGAUAGUGGUUUGUGUGGUUUUCAUGUUGGCAAAGGAAUGUGAAAACGAUUUGGUGUACGCUUGGUUUUUUGACUCGGUGACUUGGACUGAUUCGUUCAGUCUUGACUCGAAUCAUGACUUGGAUGAGUCAGGGGAUUAGUUGGACAAGUUGGGCUGAGUCAUCCUCUAUUCUUGAUACUGACUCACUCAUGGCGCUGAACCGAAUCGGCCUUGACCGAGUCUGAGUCGACUUGGCAUGAGUUGCAUCCAACUUGGCUGAGUGGUCAAUCCAUGUACAAGAAGAGUGAGAUGUGAGUCAGUCCUAUUGCUUGUAUGCAUCGUAAAUAUUUCUUUUCUGAUUUAUAACAAAAAUUUGUUAAAAGAGAGUCCACAGGGCUAAAGAGAACGAAGAUCGAUCAAGGCAAUAAUAAGAGUCUCCUGUCAAAGAGAAGAUCUAUAGAGUCCAUGGGCAAGAGAAUCAGUGUUACAAUUAGCCUCUCCAGGAAUAUGAUGGAAGUUAUUGCUCAGAGGGUGAGCACACAUCCUUAGACUGUUAUAGCUAAAAGCUAAAAGCUAAUAUGCAAAGGGCGAGCACAAGUUUUUGUACGUAUUGUGAAUUUUUGUUUGAAUGUGUAUCUGAUCUUGAAAGUAAGUUAUGGGUUUACUUGGGUAGCGUUUGGCUGUCCCAAAAUGGGGGUUGGCUGAACUUCCUAAGGCUGCAUUUGGGUGCACUGGUGAAUUUAAUUGCAAAGAAUUGGUUUGAUUGACAGGGAACGACCAGAAUCAAUGAUAUUUUCCGGUAAGUAGCCCUCCAAUUGAAGUUA